AUGGCCAUGUCUUGCCGGUACGCCGCGCAGAGCUGCGCUCGCCAGCUCCGAUCCUCCAGCGCCCGAGCCCCCGCACAACUCCUCCGAGUCUCCGCAGCUUCAAGGAGAUGGAAUUCGACUGAGGCAGCUCCCGUCAGCCCCAAGAUCCAGACCAUUGUCGACCAGAUCAGCCAGUUGACCCUUCUGGAGACUGCUGACCUUGUGUCUAGCCUCAAGACCAAGCUCAACAUCCCCGACAUGCCCAUAGGCGGAUUCGCCGCUGCCGGCCCCGCUGCUCCCGCCGCCGUCGAGGAAGUCGAGGAGGCCGCCCCCGCAGCCGCUGAGAAGUCCCUCUUCACCCUCAAGUUGCAAGGAUUCGAGCCCACCAUGAAGGCCAAGGUCAUCAAGGAGAUCAAGAACAUGCUCGGCCUGAGCUUGGUAGACAGCAAGAAGUUCGUCGAGAGCGCGCCCAAGAUGAUGAAGGAGAACGUGCCAAAGGAGGAUGCGGACAAGAUUAUCGCCAUGAUGAAGGAGCUUGGUGCCACCGUCGUCAUGGACUAA